AAAAAAUGGCGCGAUUUUGUUUUUCUUUUGAAAAAUAUUAUACUGAUCUCCAAUACUUAGACGAGACUAACAACAUUCAGCGACAAUGGAAAAAGCCGAAGGCUUUGAGCUUUUCGAACUCCAUUACUCUGAUCUCCUAAUCCUAUCCUCAGAUUAUGUUCAAUCGCCUUCUUCGUCUCCGGCAGAGCUUCAGAGACUAGACAUUGUCAAACGACACAUAAUGGAAACCCUAGGGCCCAUGGGUCCAGGCCUAUUAUCAGUUUCCGGCGUCCCCAAUUACUCCGUUCUCCGCCAUUGCCUCCCACUCGCUCGCAAUCUCGCUCUUCUCGAUUCCGACCAACGCAAUCGCAUCCUCAAGGAUAACAAAUUGGGAAGUGACGUCCCGUUGAAGAAUCCGUGUAGAAAUGUGUCAUCUUUUGCGAUGCAACUGAGGUACUUCGAGAAGAAUUCGAAUUCAGGAGGAGAUUUAUUGUUUAAUGAUCGGGCGAAGGAGUUUGAGAGCCUGGGAAGUGAUUUGACGGAGCUAGGGUUUUUCAUGAUGGAACUCGGGCUCCGACUCGCUCGAGUCUGCGAUUCCGCUAUUGGAGGCCGAGAAUUGGAGCAGAGUUUGUUAGAGUCGCGUGCGUCCAAGGGGCGUCUCAUUCAUUAUCAUUCGAAGCUGGAUACGCGGCUUCUUCUGAAACAUAGUGCGAAGAAAAAAAGAGGGAAUUCGAAACAUGAACAGAAGAGAAAGCAAGCCCAUGAUGAGCCGGGAGCUUCAAAGGCAUGCUCAGGUUUAGAUUUAUGGCAGCAAUGGCACUAUGAUUAUGGGAUUUUUACUAUUCUGACAGCACCUCUUUUUCUCUUGCAAAAAAUUGAAGAAGAAGAAGAAGAUGAAUUAAUGGAGUCUCGUCAUGAAGAAUGUGGCUACCCCAAUGGCCACACAUGCUUGCAAAUAUACGAUCGCAACAAGAAAGGUAUUUUCAUGGCGAAUUCCUCUCCUGAAAAUUUUAUCAUUCAGGUUGGGGAAUCAGCUGAGGUACUUUCAAAAGGCAAGCUUCGGGCGACUCUACACUCUGUUUCAAGACCUGGAAAGUAUGAAAAUUUGAGCAGAGAAACUUUUGUGGUGUUCUUACAGCCAGCAUGGGACAAAGUUCUGUGCAUUUCGGGUUACCCUAUGAAGUGCUUAAGUUUAGAGGACCGAUGUCUGAACCUGUUGACUUCCGAAGAGGAAGAAGAAGAAGGCUUCGGUGAGAGAAUUGAAGAAAUCGAGAAGAUUGUACCACCUCUAUCGUCUCGGUUAAAGGACGGUAUGACUUUUGCUGAAUUUUCCCGUGAAACCACCAGGCAGUAUUAUGGUGGCAGUGGUUUGCAAUCUAAUAGAUAAAACUGCCUUUUGUGCUAUAACAAUUGCUAUUGCAAGGCGAAAUAAUGGAAAUUUCUUCGUCAUGCUGAUUAGCAAUUUAGCAUUAUCUUUUAUUAUUAUUUUUCUGUUGUUACUCUGUUUGUUUGCUUCCCAUUAGUGUAGGUCUCUUCAUACAUAGAAGAAAAGAAACGACUAUUGUACAACAGGAAAUGACCCACCAAAAGUUUUGGAAAAUAUUAUUUUUUAUUGAAAUAAAUUUCUUGGAUUCCAA